GGCAGGUUGACAUACACGUUGCUCACGUGCUUGUUUGUUUUUACUCAGUAAUCCCCUCCUUCUAGCGUUUAGUUAUGCGCUAAUAGAAAAACGUAGGUUUUAUUAAGCCAUAAAAUACACUUCUAAUAUUCUUUUUCUUUUAUUAUAUUUCACGGUAUACGUGAAAUUGAAGUAAUGAAUAGGUAUUUUAAAAAUAUUUCAUAGAACCCAAUUCAAAUGGUAGGAACAUUUUGUCAUUUUAUAUUUCUCAUUGCCAAGACACUAUCGAAUCGUUUUUACCCUUCGUCCGUGCCUGUUCUCUCGCAGUAAUCUGCGAAGCGGAUCAAUCAAUUCCCGCAGGGUACGCAAAAUUAAAAAGAAUAACCGACGAGGCACAACCUGGAGAAGGUUAACCGAUCAGCUGAUCGCAUCUUAGGAUGUUGUCCUGCCUCAGCUGUAGCGUGUUUUAUUUUUAGUAAGCUGAGUGAACUUCGCCAACAAAUGUGGAGAGAAUAUUUUGAGAGAACAAAGGAGCAGGCGCUUUCUUGAUUUUGUGAUAUUCCACAGUUUAAGUGCGAAUCCCUCCGAAAAUGAAGGGAAGAGUUAAAACAAGUGUAUUUCGUGAUUUGUAUCAACAGCCAUACAGUGAUCUGACUCGUGUCAAAUUGUACAACAGUACCAAAGGUUCACUAGAUUUAGUUCAACGCCUUAGGCUCUUCAGGAAAUUGCCCAUUCACAAUGGCUGUGUUAAUUCUCUGUGCUGGAACGAGACUGGAGAAUACUUGUUGUCUGGGUCAGAUGAUCAACAUUUAGUAGUAACUCAUGGUUACAAGUAUAGGGUAUUAAGUAAUUACAAAACUAGUCAUCGAGCAAAUAUUUUUAGUGCAAAAUUUUUGCCAGCUUGUGGAGAUACAAGUAUAAUAUCAUGUUCAGGAGAUGGUAUAAUUUUGUAUACAGAUUUACUGAGGAAAGAAGAUACUCAUUUCAAUCAAUUCAAUUGUCAUUCUGGCACCACCUAUGAAGUUAUUACUGUUCCAAAUGACCCUAAUUCAUUUCUAAGCUGUGGAGAGGAUGGUACUGUGCGUUGGUUUGAUUUGCGCAUUAAAAACAAAUGUACCAAGCCUCAUUGUAAAGAGGAUAUUAUGAUCACAUGCCCAAGGGCAGUGACUUCAUUAUCUAUCAGCCCACUAGUCCCAUAUCAUUUAGCAAUAGGGUGUUCUGACAGUACUGUUCGUAUGUUUGACAGGCGGAUGUUGACAACUAAAGCAACAGGAGGACCUGACUCGGGCCCUGCCAUGAGGCCAAUGUGCUCAUUCACAGUGCCAAGCUUUGGGGACCGAUCUUAUCGCAUUACCUCCCUUUGCUUCAGUCCAGAAGGUGAUGAACUCCUUGUGAGUUAUUCAUCAGAUCAUCUGUACCUAUUUAAUGUGAAGGAGGAAAGUGUUAUGAAACUUAAUUCAGAUCCUUCUUCAAACCUUGCUAACCAAGAGAAAGAAAAACGAUCUCGCUCACCCCCACCAGUGAGAAGACUGCGACUCAGAGGUGACUGGUCGGAUACGGGCCCUGACGCACGGCCAGAGAGGGAAGGAAGUAGUCCAGGAGAUGUUGCUCAAGCAAGACCCACUCUGCAUGCAACAUUGAUGCAGCGCAUGACAGAUGUUCUUACGAGAAUGUUGAAUGACCCUGCAACACGAGCUGCUCUUAGUGGAGGGGGUGAGGACUCUCUAGAAAGAGAAGAUGCCAAUGUGCGGCCACCCUCUCAAAACAACACAUCGCCCAGUACAGAGUCUGAUUCAGCACAGCCACCAGAACCUUUAGAAAGUGCCACGACUGUGUUGACCGUCUCUCCCAUUUCUGUGCCUCAAAUGUCGUCACUUUCUUUAAACUCGUCUGAAAGAGAUGGAAACUCUUCUGCUGUGUCUGAUAGGGAUGAAGAGACUGCAACAAUGAAUGCAUCUGUGAGUGGUUCGAACGUGUUGGAUCUGAGGUGUGUGCAGUGUGGGGCAGGGUCAUCAGACAACGAGUGUGAACAGUCGGGUGCCUGCAGCAGUGCGUUACCUGGGUCUGGGGAGUGCGGAUGUGCUCCUUCUGUAGAAGCUGAUCCAAGUGCAAAUCAAAUUCAAGAGACUGAAGAGGAGGCAAUGACAAGAGGAGAGAGUGAUAUGUGUGGUUCUUCGUAUCAACCUCGAAUGAACUUCAUCCAAAGAAAAAUUAGCAGUUUGCAAGAUAAAUUAUCUACAUUGAGAGAAGGCUUCAUUGAAAGGCAUGGUAGUGAACCAGCUGUACGACUCAUGUACUCAGAGAAAAGUUCUUCAAAUGCCACAAUAUCUCUUGGAGUGGCAGAUGAAGUGAGUCGAAACUUGCAUUCAGAUAGCAGGCCUUCUGUUUCUACAACAGGUUCAACUAACAAUGAGGAUACAAAUGUAUUAACAGCUUCCGGGAGUGGUCAAGGGACUUUGCCUGAUGAACAAGAACCACAGCCUGGUCCCAGCACUGUACAAUGUGCAACUGGAGUUCAGAAACAAAGUAACUUCAACAAAGAAAGAUAUUCUGACAGUGAUGAUGAUGAGGAGGAUGAUAAUGAUAGCAUUGUCAAUGAUCAUUGCUAUCUGUUAUCAAAAAAUAAUUUCUCAAAAGCAAGAGGGUAUGUUCAUCCCAUUGAAGAACACAUGGAAGAUGCUAUAAAUGCAGCACGAGGGGAGAAAAAAUCUCUUGUUGAAGACAAAGACAGUUAUCAUCCCCUUAUAAAACAAAAAUUCACAGGGCACCGGAAUGCAAGGACAAUGAUUAAAGAAGCAACAUUUUGGGGCAAUAACUUUGUCCUCUCUGGUUCUGAUUGUGGACAUGUUUUCAUUUGGGACAGAUUUACAGGAUCUUUAGUUAUGCUUCUGGAAGCUGAUCGCCAUGUUGUUAAUUGCUUACAACCACAUCCAAUACUUCCAUUACUUGCAACAUCAGGCAUUGAUUAUGAUGUGAAAUUAUGGGCUCCUUUACAUGAAGAGCCUAGUUUUGACAAGGAUUUGGCUGAUGUGCUGACUAAAAGAAACGAAGUUAUGCUUGAGGAAACAAAAGAUACAAUUACUGUUCCUGCUUCCUUCAUGAUUCGUAUGUUAGCAUGUCUUAAUCAGAUAAGGAGAGGUGGGCGAAAUAGGGCACGAAGUACAAGACGUCAAAAUUAUGAUGAUAAUGUCAACAACUGACAAGUAAUCAACUCAGACUGUUCAAAAUGUUUUAAUGUGUCUUUUUGUGAUGAGUUAUAAGCAAAUAGUUUGUAAAUCAAUGGUUUAGAUUGUAUCUUUAAAAUCUAAAAUACAAGAUUAUACAGUUCUCAUUAUAAGAAGUUUGUGAAAAAUUGUAGCUAAAAAACUGUACAUAAAAUUAAAAAUUCAAUUAUUGAUAUUAACUUUACAAUUGUUUUUCAUAUCAGUUCAGCACUCUCCUGAGCUGGAGAAGCUUUUUUUGUCUAAGAAAUAUGAAACAACAUCCAUUAACUGAAUCACAGACUCCAUCACAUAAUUUAAAUGGUAUUUUGUAAGUGAAUACUUUAUGCUUGUUCUAUUUUUCAACGAUGAAAAGGAAAGAUGCUGCACCUACAAUGCACAUGAUUUAGUCAAAGAAAAAUGCAGAAACCUCUGUAAGAUUAUUUUCAGUGUUACAGCUCUAAAAGAAGUUAAAUAUCCUUUCCCUGUUAUUGAAACAUUUUAUGGAAUUGAGAAUCUUAAAUAUUAUCAAAAGAAUUUAUAUAAUUUUGUCAAAAGUUUUACCAUACCCUACAAUUAAAUUCAAAAUAAUCAGACUGUUCAUACUUUUUAUGGUGCAAGAUAUUGAAAUAGGUAUCAUUACGAUUACCAUAUUUAUCUGUGCAGUAGAUUUGAAUCUUGAAGAUUAGAGUUCAGUAACACAACGCUAUUUUUUCAAAUUUUCAUAUUCCAGUAAACCUUAUUGAAAUAUGAAUGUACGUAUUAAUAAAACAAGAAUGAAUAAUUUAUUAGUAUUUAUAAUAUGCUUCUGAAAUGUAUUCAUACUCAUUACAUCAUUCUUAUUGAGUCAGAACAAUGAUGAGUGGCUGUUUGUUCUGUAGUCCAGUAAUACGUCCAUUAUCAAAAGGUCUGAGUAUAGUUUUUAAUCAAAAUUUUCAAGUCAAUCUUCAACAGGAAAUUAUGUUGGAGCCUGUGACAAAGCAGAGGUUAUUUUGUGAAUUACAGAUACUUAUAACUGCAUUUAAAAAUAUAUACAGUUAUUUGUAAGUUUAGAAUUUUUACAGGACUGUUUAUAUCUGAGAAGACAGUGCCUCUGAUUGUUUAAAGUAGAUUUUCUGUCAAGUGUAAAGUACAUCAUUAUGCAAAUGUGCAUGAAGUGUCAUAAACUAUUUCAAAAAUGUUUCAGGAAUGUAUUAUUAAUGUAUAGUGCCUAAUUUCCAUAGGUACAUAUGAAUACAUAGGAAUAUUUUUUAAUGCAUGAAGCUCUUCUAUGACUGCUCAACCCAGUCAAUUUAAGUUGCAACAGAUUAUUAUUCAUUAGAUGCUUCAUCCUCAUUUCACACUAAAACAUGUUGUCAAAUGUAUUUUCCACUUUUAGAGGUAAACCAAAAGAAUGUUUUAGAUUGUUGAAAAUCAUCAAUGUUUGCAUUUUGUACUUUUAAAAAUAAAGCAUACAAUUGUAAAUACCUCAAUUAUAGGCAAAAUGAACUGAAACAUUUUCACUAUAUGUGAUUUUGAUUUUACAAUUAUUAUGCUGCAGAAUUUUCACUUUCUCAUCUAAGUUCAUAAUUUUCUAGAAGAGUCAUAAGUUCAAAUUUGAUGUAAAAUAUUUUCAUGUCACUAUUAUUAUGUAUACUGUACAUAUUCUAAUUUGGAAUUUAAUAAACUUAAAAAGCCCAGAAAUCAAUUUAUUAAAAAAUACUUCAGCAAUUCAUGUGAGAAUGAAGAAUAGGUACACGGAAGUGGAGUUCGAAGGGAAAACCAGUAAAGAGAAGAUGAACAAGAUUAUCCUGUAAUAAUGACAUUUAAAAACCUACAGGACACUGUGAUAUUACCUUUUAUAUCUAUUGCAAUUGUUAUUACAACUGAUUAAUACCUUUGAUUUUAACCUGACAUUCCUUAUUAAUACAUUUUAAAAGAUGUAAAUUGCAAAAUAGGAGGAAGUGGGACAGAUUCAUACACAGAAAAUUUAAAUAGUUUAUCUUAUGCAACAAAAAUAAAUUAAAUAUUAAUUUUUUCAUGUAAUUCUUCUAAUUAGUAUUAUAAUU